ACCUCACUGGGACGUCCGAAAAAGAUCCCCACAUCCCACGUCCCGCGUGGGCAAUCCCUUAGACGUCCCAGGAACAGCCGCGGAGGGCAACCACCAUGAAGUCCAUCAUGAGUACUUCGGCGGUCGUAAUGUGGACUUUCCUCCCGCUGUCCCACUUUCCUUCUUCUACUCUCUCGCAAACACUCGCAAACUGCGAGGCCGAAUUAUGGCGUCCGUUAGCAACCAGAUGGCGCUAAUCAUUUUAAUUUCUCACUAGCUUUGUAAUGUUGCUCACAGCAUUGUUUGAGUAACGCAAAGCUGCUUACGUAGACGAUAGAGAAUAACGUGCCGCGGAUAAUUGCAUGUCAUGGUUUUGAAGUUGGUAACAAGGAAACGGUCAUACGGUACUGCGGCUGAGUGAAACUGAACGCUAAAAGUGGCGGGAGCAGGACGGUUGUCCGUUCUUUGUAUUUAUGGCUUCCAUGAUGGCGGCGCGCGUCCGUGCGUAUUGCCGCAGUUUGAUGUACAAGUGAGAGACAUGGACGGCAGUAUAGGGGAUCAGUCAAUGAAGGAUUUGCCAAGUUACAGCAGCCUUCUAUCCAUCACAAGCUUUUGGCCUGAACGCAGACAUGAUUGCUCUCAGCAGAAGAUUACUCACUUCCAUCUUCUCAGUUCAGAGGAACAAGUCAGCGUCAUUUGCAAGGUAACCACAACAGUUCUUUCACAGCGGCCUGUCCUGCAGCAUCCCAAUGAACAACUACUGUACGACCCGUAUGGGAAUUUUUUUCAUGAGCAGAUCAACAAUGCCAAGGUUACCUCACGAAGAUCCGGGUGCCUCAAGCGUCGCUACCUUCUUGGGAGAGAAAUGAAAUAG